CUAAUAUCGUCCUCACAAACCUUGUCAAAUAUGUCAUUUGUUUUCGGAAUUUGUUUAAUCUUCACCGGAUUGACGUACGCAGAAGUCCGCAUAACAAAUUACCAAGAAUUGAUGGAUGAAAGCUUUAAUGGUUUUUUAACUUGCUCGUCACAACUAGGUCUAAAUAUUGAAACGUGUAGCGAUUUGUUGGAUCCAAAUUUAAAUAGUACUGAUGUCAAAUACGACGGUUGUAAAUGUAUUUUACCAUGCAUAUCUAAAAAAUUGGGAAUUAUGAAUACAGACGACGGAAAGUGGAAUGAAAAACGAUAUUGGGAAAUUAUCGAAAUGAUCAAAGUACUCGAGUGGAAGCAAGAGGCAGAAGUGAUUGGAAAUAAUUGCAAAGACAGCGUGAAUACCCAUUGUUCAGCUGGUUAUCCUUUAUUCCAGUGUGCAUUAAAACACUCUAAAAUGCUUCAAGAUAUGGCAAAGACUCAUAUGAUUCAAAAACAAGCAAUUAUCGAAGCUAUGAACAGCACAAAUGCCGAAUAUGAAGAUGACGACAAUCAAAAAUAAUCAACCUACAACAAAAGAACGAUAAUCGGGUCGCAUAAAAUGAAUUUUUUGUGUACACUGUACCUAUUUAUUAUUACUCUAGACGGUGCACAUAGGUAUUAUA